CGAGGCACAGCUGCAAGGAAUGACAGACAACAGAGACGUAUACCGUACAGACCCUUUGGUCUAAAUGUUUUCACAGAUUAACUUUUUGUUAGUGAAAGUAGUCUCACAUAUAAAACAUGUGAUAUCUUAGGGUGACAUCAUCUAUCCUAGUUUCUAGGAGCUAAACAGCUUCUUUAAUUAUUUUUUUUCUCUAUUUUCGCUGGUUAUUUAUUAUUCUUCCUUGACCUGCGUCAUGAACUUAUCGUGAGAUGUUUUGUGACUGAUCGAUGUUAAAGUACAUUACGAGGCAAUUGAUAUAACUUGACGAGUUUGUUAUAGAAACGGUAUUUUCAUUUUAUUGCUUACAACUGAGUUAAAGCACGUGUUUAAUCAUACUUCUUUGUUAUAACGACUAUCUGAAGAAAUAAAUACAUUUUAUCUAUUGCGAGAGAAGAAUAAAUUACAUCGCAAUACCAAACAUAAUCAAAACAAAGAAAAUGGCUGACGUUGACCCAGAGACUCUGCUGGAGUGGCUCCAAAUGGGCCAAGGGGAUGAAAGAGACAUGCAACUAAUUGCAUUAGAACAGCUAUGUAUGCUUCUUCUUAUGUCAGACAAUGUGGAUAGAUGCUUUGAAAGCUGUCCUCCUCGGACAUUUUUGCCAGCCUUGUGUCGUAUAUUUUUGGAUGAAUGUGCGCCUGAUAAUGUUCUCGAAGUAACAGCACGUGCCAUUACCUAUUAUCUUGAUGUUUCUGCUGAAUGCACUAGAAGAAUAGUUGCUGUUGAAGGUGCAAUUAAAGCACUUUGCAACCGUCUUGUUGUAGCUGAAAUGUCUUCUCGAACUAGUAAGGACCUGGCAGAGCAAUGUAUUAAAGUAUUGGAAUUGAUUUGCACUAGAGAAUCUGGUGCAGUGUUUGAAGCAGGAGGUCUUAACUGUGUGUUGACAUUUAUCAGAGAGCAUGGUUCACAGGUCCAUAAAGACACUCUUCAUUCCUCUAUGACUGUUGUGUCAAGACUUUGUGGCAAGAUGGAACCUCAAGAUGCUUCAUUGGAGACAUGCAUAGAGUCCUUGUCAACACUGCUUGACCACGAUGAUUCUUUUGUUGCGGAUGGUGCUUUACGUUGUUUUGCCUCUCUAGCAGACAGAUACACACGCAGAUCAUUGGAUCCUGCUCCACUUGCAAGACAUGGGCUCAUACAGGAUCUCCUGUCUAGACUACAGCGUGUUGGAGAGGGUACUCAUAACCAGUCUACAACCUCCACCCCUGGUAAAACUGCUGCUGAUGGCAAAGCUAACUCCAGUGUUUCAACAGUGAUUAGCUUAUUAUCCACAUUGUGUAGGGGAUCUCCAGGCAUUACACAUGCCUUGUUGCGCUCUAACUUGCCAGAAUCCAUUGAAUGUGGACUGCGGGGAGAUGAAAGGUGCUGUCUUGACACGAUGAGAUUUGUAGACCUGCUCCUGGUGCUUUUAUUUGAAGGACGCCAGGCUCUGCCAAAGUCGGGUGUUGCCACAAUCACAAGCCGACUACCAGGUCUACGCCGGACUGACAGUUCCAGUGACAGGUCACACAGACAGCUUAUUGAUUGCAUCCGCAGUAAGGACACAGAUGCUCUGAUUGAUGCAGUAGACAAUGGGUUUGAAGUAAACUUCAUGGAUGAUGUUGGACAAACACUACUAAAUUGGGCUUCAGCUUUUGGAACUCAAGAAAUGGUUGAAUUUUUGUGUGAAAGAGGUGCUGAUGUCAACAGAGGCCUCAGAUCAUCAUCUUUACACUAUGCUGCUUGUUUUGGUCGGCCACAAAUAGUUAAAACACUACUUCGCUAUGGUGCCAACCCAGAUUUAAGAGAUGAAGAUGCUAAGACACCUUUAGACAAAGCAAGAGAAAGAGGAGACGAAGGACAUAGAGAAGUGAUAGCAAUACUCCAGUCUCCAGGAGAGUACAUGGUUCCAGUCUCCAGAGACCCAACCAUGCUGGUGGUAGUCCCUGGACCUUCUACUGCAUUACCUCCUCCUGCACCCAUGGAGACCCCAGAGAAGAAGGAAGACAACCAGGAAGUGGAAAAGGGGGAUACCAGUGAAACAAAGGGGGAUCCAGAAGUGGCCCCUGUCUAUGUGCGACACUUGUUACCUGUUUUUACUGAAGUGUUUCAUGUGACUAUGUUAUCCUCUGUCAGGAAAGCCAGUCUUUCUUUAAUUAGAAAGAUGCUACAUUACAUAGAACCUGAACUACUUAAUGAGAUGACUGGCCCAGAAUUUCCAUCACCAAAUUUUGCUUCUUCUUUAACUGAAGUCUUGUCUGUCAUUUUGGAUGUUGAGGAAGAUGAUGAUGGUCACAUGAUAGUUUUGCAAAUCAUGCAGGAUCUUAUUCUAAAAUGUGAAGAUGUAUUCCUAGAGCAUUUUGCAAGACUUGGCUUAUUUUCUAGAGUUCAGGCACUUGCUGGACCCCCUCUACAAGAUGAAGAAGGUGCUAAAGCUAAAGAAGACAAGGAUGAAGAUGAAGUGAACUUAUCAGAUGCCACAGAAAUUGUACCAGGCCGGCCAUAUCACUGGAAAGAUUGGUACAUUGUUCGUGGCAGAGAUUGUUUGUAUUUAUGGAGUGAAGGCACAGCAUUAGAGCUUAGUAAUGGCAGUAAUGGUUGGUUCAGGUUCAUCCUAGAUGGAAAGCUUGCCACUAUGUAUUCCAGCGGAAGUCCAGAAGGGGGCUCUGACAGUUCUGAAAACAGAGGUGAAUUUUUAGACAAGCUGCAACGGGCUCGCAGCCAAAUCAAAGUAGGUACACCUAGUCAGCCUAUCCUAUCAAAGUCUGGACCUACUAGAUUGGUUGUUGGUAACUGGACUCUAACCUGUAAAAAGGACGGAGAGCUGCAAAUCCAGAAUACAGAUGGACAGCAGGCUACAAUACUCCGUGAAGACCUAAUGGGCUUUGUGUUUGAAUCCAACCGUGGCACAAAACAUUCAUUUACUGCUGAAACAACACUUGGUCAAGAGUUUGCUGUUGGUUGGGGUGGCAAGAAAAGCCGUAAGCUCAAGUGUAAAAAUGCAAUGCGUGAUAAGGUUCGUGUAACUGCUAGAGAACUGUAUGAAGAACAUUUUAGAGCUGCUGAGGCUAAACCAAGGGGUGUUGUGUCCAAACUAUGUUCCAUUGUACAACAACUUGAAUCUGCUUUUGCACGUCAGUUGAGCCAGAUCAAGCCUUCAAGUGAUGGGGUUUCAUGGUGUCAAGAGAUGUGCAGUGCCUUAGAAGACUUGGUAGUUCUAUUGAAAGAUGAACACACAAUUUCUUCUUUUGAACUGUAUAACAGUGGACUAGUACAAACUCUCCUUAGUAUUCUCAGCAUAUCCUCUGAUGAAUGUUCAUCUAAAGAGUCUAAGAAGCAGAUGAGAAGUCGUAUCCAUAUAUUCAAGAGUGUUUUCCAUGAUCAUGAAAGAGAAAAUAUAACAGAGGAAGGAGGAGUGACACCCGCUGUUCAGCUGACUAGAAAGCUGAUCUCAGCAUUAGAGGCCAUUGAAAAACUUCCAGUCUUUUCUUAUGAUUUGCCUGGAUCUGGGUAUGGAUUACAGAUUCUGACAAGGAGAUUGCGUUUGAGGCUAGAAAAAGCACCAGGAGAGAAUACUUUGAUUGAUAGAACAGACAGAUGUUUGAAAAUGGAACCUCUUACUACAGUUGCUGAUCUGGAGAGAUAUUUGCUCAAAAUGGUUGCCAAACAGUGGUACGAUUUUGACCGCCAGACUUUCAAUUUUGUUAAAAAACUGAAGGAACCUGGCACCACAAUCACUUUUGCACACCAAAAUGAUUUUGAUGAAAAUGGAUUACUCUAUUGGAUUGGAACUAACGGGAGGACUUCUUAUGAAUGGGUAAACCCUGGACAGUAUGGCUUGGUUGUUGUAACAUCAUCAGAAGGACGAAGCUUACCAUAUGGGAAACUGGAAGACAUCCUUAGUAGAGACACUGCUGCUCUCAAUUGUCAUACUAAUGAUGAUAAGAAAGCAUGGUUUGCUAUUGACUUGGGUGUAUGGUUAAUUCCUACCUGCUACACCCUCAGACAUGCUCGAGGCUAUGGAAAAUCAGCCCUGCGCAACUGGGAGUUUCAGAUGUCUAAAGAUGGUGUGACAUGGCAGACUCUGUACAAGCAUGAAGCUGAUACAUCUCUUAAUGAACCUGGCUCAACAGCAUCUUGGCCUAUAGAGGCCCCUGGUGAUGACAAACAAGGUUGGAGGCACGUCCGACUUCACCAGACUGGCAAAAAUGCAAGUGGGCAGACACAUUAUGUUUCUUUGUCUGGCUUUGAAAUAUAUGGCACUGUUACUGGAGUUUGCGAUGACAUAGGUAAAGCUGCUCGUGAAGCUGAGGCAAACCUACGCAGACAGAGGAGGAUACUGCGUACUCAUGUUUUAAAACAAAUGAUGCCCGGAGCUCGAGUGGUCAGAGGGAUGGACUGGAAGUGGAGAGAUCAAGAUGGCAACCCUCCAGGAGAGGGAACAGUGACUGGCGAUUUGCAUAAUGGUUGGGUGGAUGUUACCUGGGAUGCUGGAGGAUCAAACUCUUACCGCAUGGGAGCAGAGGGCAAGUUUGAUCUAGCUAUUGGUCCAUCACAUGAUCCAGACAAGUUAAGAUUUGCUAAACCAGAAGUCGUAGCCACACCAACAUCCAGCAGGAAUAAAAAUAGCAUGCUAGGCUUGUCAGCCACUUCAGAAAAAGUGAAGGUUGGUGUGCUAACUAGUAGGAAGAGUAGUUCCACUCCAAGUCUUAGUGAUGUCAUGGAUUCUAAAGCAUCUGUUGCUAGCACAGAGCAAGCUUCUUCUGCAGAAAAUCUCACAUCCAGCAUUAAAGCUGCUGCAGAGAAUGUUGCUGAGAGUAUGGUUAAUCUUGCCAGCUCAGAAGCUAUUGUCAUGGUGACAGUUGAUAAUGCAGAUGAAGAAGUGAGCUUGCCAAACAGCACAACCCUGGCCAUUAGCAGUGGUAUCCUGGCUGGUCCUAGUGGAAUCAGAGCUGGCCCUGCCACCAUCAACAGCAACAUGACUGAGCCAAUGGUUGUUGUGCACAGAGGCAAUGACGACAGUCUUGGAGACUAUGGUGUCUUAGAUCUAGCUUCAGAUCUUGCUUUGGGGCUUGAUGUUGGGUCUUUGUCUGAAACCCUGCGAGGUGCAGAAGGUGGCGUUAAGGAGCAUGUUCAAAAUCUCCAAAACACAAGAGAUUCUCGAGAUAAAGCUGCAAAGAAUGAUGCCAGAAAGGCAGGAAGUUCAGAUGAUUCAGCUCGCGGUUCCCCCACCAACUCAAUGAGCGCCAGUGAACCUAACCUCCCCACUAGCCUUGACCCAACAGCAAGUUUGCUGGAUUCCUUUGGUGCACGUAGAAAUAUCAGCACACCUCAUGGCAGCAACAUUGUGCGCAACACACAUGCCAAUAGUUUAGUUAGAUUGGCUCUAGCUAACUCACCAAAUAAUCUUCUAAGUGCUGCCCAAAGCUACCCUAGUCUUACAGCCUCAAAUGUGCCUACUUCAAGUACGCUUACAACUACACAAACCAUGGCCAAUGUCAUGUCUCUUAGCCAGGCCUUGACUCGCAGUGUUACCUCUACUUCAAGUGAAAGUGACAAUGAAUUUUUGGAGACAUAUAGAGCCCACACCCUACUUGCUGAGUUGGAAGACGAUGAAGAACUGCCUGAGCCUGAUGACGAUGAUGAUGAAAAUGAGGAUGAAAAUGAAGAUGAUGAGGAUUAUGAUGAUGUGAUGGAAGAUGAAGAAAUGGAGCCCAGAGACAGGAGGACCUGGGAUGAUGAAUUUGUACUCAAACGUCAAUUCUCUGCUCUGAUCCCAGCCUUUGACCCCCGUCCAGGUCGUACAAACGUUAACCAAACUCAGGAUUUUGACAUUCCUCCACCAGGUACAGAAGAAAACACAAGCAGUGACAGUCAGACCUUUGUGGCUCAGCCAAAAUUGUGUUUGACUUUAAAGGCUCCCUGCCUGCCAGGGAUGAAUGAUGAGGAGGUUGUCCUGAAUAGCAGCUCUGCUUGCAUUUUCAAGUUUGUGCAGGAGCUUCUGGCUAAAGGCUCCGCUACAGGAAGAACUGAAAGAAUGAAAAGGAUUUGGGAGCCCACUUAUACGGUUCAAUACAGAGAAGCUAAGGAAGAUGAAGGAUCUGAAAAAGAAUGUGGUUCUAUCACUAAGUCAUUGACAGGUGUUGCUUCAUUGGCUGACUUUGAUAUAGCUCGGGGCAGUGAAACUCCAAGUUGUUCUGUGGACCAUGUGCUACAGCUCCUGCAGAGAUUGUACUCUAUCAUGGAGCAGUCUAGUCCAUCCAGCAAAAAUGAUUGUGAAGAAAUUCACUUAAACAUUCCGGCUGAUGAGUUUGUCAGCAAAAAGUUAACCAAUAAAAUCACCCAGCAAAUCCAGGAUCCUCUAGUACUGGCCAGUGGAGCUUUGCCAGAUUGGUGUGAGCACUUGACCCGCUGGUGUCCAAUGCUAUUUCCCUUUGAGACCAGACAGCUUUACUUCUCUUGUACAGCUUUUGGCACCUCAAGGUCGAUUGUUUGGUUGCAAAAUAAGAGGGAUGCUAACAUGGAGCGAAGUCGAGGUCCUCUGCCACGUAGAGAAGAUAGUCAUGAGUACAGGGUUGGUCGUCUGAAACAUGAGAGGGUGGUGGUGCCGCGCAAUGAUAAUCUGCUGGAGUGGGCCAUGCAAGUGAUGAAACAUCACAGUACCCGUAAAGCAGUCCUUGAGAUUGAAUUUAAAGGAGAAGAAGGCACUGGCUUAGGGCCAACCUUAGAGUUUUAUGCCUUGGUAGCUGCAGAAUUACAAAAGAAAUCCCAUGGACUUUGGCUGUGUGAUGAUGAUCAUGUAGACCACACUGAGAGAGAGGUUGACAUUGGACAUGGCUCUAAACCACCUGGCUACUAUGUCCAGAGAUCUGCUGGACUCUUCCCCGCACCCUUCCCUCAGGACAGUCUAGAACUUGAGAGGAUAGAAAAAAUGUUUCAUUUCAUGGGCAUUCUACUAGCUAAGUGCCUUCAAGAUAACCGUCUGAUAGACAUGCCACUGUCCCGGCCUUUCCUCAAACUGAUGUGUAUGGGGGAGGUGGGCCACAGCCUGUCUCAGCAGUUUGGAGAUAGCACACGUACACCCAGCACGCUAGGUGAAUCCUGGCACAGUGAGAGCUCUGACCUGAUAGCAAGUAUAGAGGAAGUAGAGAAGGAGAUGAAAUUUGAUCAGGACAAGAAACAGCUGAAAUCCUUACAAGCAUGGUAUGCAGGGAUCCUGAAUGAAGAAGACUUUGAGCUGAUCAACCCCCACAGAGCUGCAUUCUUGCAACAACUGAGUGACCUGGCAGCCAGAAAGCAGAGGAUCCUCAAAGACAGAUGUCUGUCUGAUGACCAGAAGAAUGUCCAGUUGGCUGAACUAGCAUUGUCCAGUCCAGGAGACUCUAGUUUCAUAAGGCUGGAAGACCUUGGGCUGACCUUUGAGUUUGACCCCUCAUCAAGAGUACACAAGUUCCAUGCACAUCACUUGAAACCUGGAGGUGGCCUUGAAGAAGUCACCAUGGACAAUGUAGAAGAGUAUAUUGAUCUGGUGAUGGACUUUUGUUUUGUUUCCGGCAUUAGGAGACAGAUGGAGGCUUUCAGAAGUGGCUUUAAUCUAGUGUUUCCCAUGGCCAAGCUUCAUUCCUUCAGUCCAAUGGAGCUGGGCAGUAUCCUGUGUGGUGAUCAGGCUCCUUGCUGGACCCAGGAGGACAUCUUGAACUACACGGAGCCAAAGUUGGGCUACACCAGAGAGAGCCCUGGUUUUGUAAGGUUUGUCAACGUGUUGACGCACCUGUCACCUGAUGAGCGCAAGGCUUUCCUUCAGUUCACUACAGGAUGCUCAUCUUUACCACCUGGUGGCCUGGCUAACCUUCACCCUAGACUGACAGUUGUCAGAAAGGUGGAUGGUAGUGAUGGCAGUUUUCCUUCAGUGAACACAUGCGUCCAUUAUCUGAAACUACCAGAAUAUUCAUCGGAGGAAAUUUUAAGGGAAAGAUUAUUAGCUGCCACAAGAGAGAAGGGCUUUCAUCUGAAUUAAUUAUGUUGCGUAUGAGAUAUGUUGUCAAAUGUGAUUGUACAUAUACAUUAGUUUUUACUUGGCCUAGAGAUGAUGGCAUUUUGUUUUCGUGAUGAUUUUAAGUUGAUGACCACAUGAUUGGUCAGACAAUUUCCUUGUUGCCGUGGGCUUCACCUGAUCAUUCAGACAAAUCCUUUGUUUCUUCAGUUUUCUGAUUGCUUUAAUACUCACGUUUGAGUUGAAUGGCCAAGUUUGUAAAUAAGACGGGUUAGUUUCCCUUAAGCUCUAGCGCCAUCUGGCAUUCUCCUUGUGCUAGUGGCUGGUUGAUGUCAGCCCACAGGUAACCAGUGGAGCAUGUUGUGUGCAAGACUUUUAAAAAGUGAUAUUGUAAAUUAUCUUUGUUUUCUACACGUAACUUGCUUCUUCUAGGAGAAAUGUGUCCAAAUUUUAUCUCUCACUUACUGCCCUGUUGUAGUUUUUAAAAGAUUUUAGUCUACAUUUUGUUUACUGGACAAGCUUGAUCCCAUUGGGAACAAAAGAUGGUACCAGGGGAGAUGAGCCAGUGACAUCUGGCAUAGCUGAUGGCAUCUGUGUACCAUCUGUCACUGGGCUAGACAAGUUGUCACCUCAUAUGUCACCUUGGUUGUCUCACUGAUGGGAAAUGUUUUAAACCUUUUUU